ACUCGCGCAUCGAUUAGUGCUGUCUGCUUCUGGUGCGCGCGCCUCCUCACACGGAGUGAGAAGCCGUCCGAUAAUAAAAACACUAACAGCUACGAGCCAUGUUAAUGUUUCCAGGCUGUUUCUGAAACACCGAAGCUACAAACCAAAACAAAGUCGAUGGUUUGCGGUUGUUAUUCGCUCGUCGGUUAGCCUAGCUAACCCGUUUAGCUGCCAGAGACUGGUUAGCUACUAGCUAACAGGGUUCGGUUGCAGGUUAGCUUAACGGAAAACUAACCGUACAGUUGUUUGAGUUUGAAAGCUGCAAACUGACGCAGACAUGCAGGAGUUACUGGCCAACGUGGAUCACAUCAAGUUUGACCUGGAGUUUGCUGUGGAGCAGCAGCUCGGAGCGCAGCCUCUGCCUUUCCCUGGCAUGGAUAAGUCCGGGUCAGCUGUGUGUGAGUUCUUCAUGAGGGGAGCUUGUAUGAAAGGCGGGAUGUGUCCGUUCCGUCACAUCAGCGGAGAGAAGACGGUGGUGUGUAAACACUGGCUCAGAGGCCUGUGCAAGAAGGGAGACCAGUGCGAGUUUCUCCACGAGUACGACAUGACCAAGAUGCCCGAAUGCUACUUCUACUCAAAAUUCGGAGAGUGUAGCAACAAGGAGUGUCCCUUCCUGCACAUCGACCCGGAGUCAAAGAUCAAAGACUGUCCGUGGUACGACCGAGGAUUCUGUAAACACGGUCCCGACUGCAGACACAGACACACACGGCGGGUAAUCUGUGUAAACUACCUGGUGGGCUUCUGUCCUGAAGGGAAAGCUUGUAAAUUUAUGCACCCUCGGUUUGAGCUGCCAAUGGGAACGUCCGAACAGCCUCCUCUGCCACAACAAGCACAAAUUCAGACCAAGGCUGCGUCUGUCAACCGCUCAUCGCUCUCUCUCAUCCAGCUGACCAACACCAGCCCCAUCCAGCGGCCGCAGAACAACAUAAACUCUGGAGUCCAGCAGAACCACAUGUCCGUCAACAGAGGGCCUCGGCCUCUGGACCAGGUCACCUGCUACAAGUGUGGAGAGAAGGGCCACUACGCCAACAAAUGUAAUAAGGGUCACCUCGCCUUCCUGAGCGGACAGUAGCCUUCAGCCUCCAGGGUUUAAAUCCAACAUGGACACCAGCUGCCCCGGACGUCACAGCGGCUGAAGGCAGGACGCCUCUGAGACCUCCGGCUUCUCCACACGGAGGUGGACCCGGCCACAAGGAGAAACGGGCGGCGUGAGCGCAAAACUAAACUACUCCCGUUUACUGCCACAUGGAAAAAAACACCAACGAAUGAAUUAAGGACAGAUUAAUGUUGCGGAAGAGGAAAGGGCUGAUGUACAACAUUCAGAACUUUUUUUUUUUUUACUUUACCGGACAAACAACUUUGUAAAACGGAGGAAUUAAACAAAUUAAGACGGUCCUAUACGAGCGCAUUACCUUCACUUUCUUACUGUACAUCUCAGGCCAUGUGACUGCACCAGCAUUCUGCUGCCCUAAUGUCUAACUGCAGAAGCAACAAGUGGCGGCAGCAGGAACCAGACCGCCUCUACCGCGGACGUCAGAGGCGGCCUCGGACCGAGCCUCGGCGGUACGGAUCAGCCGGGGUGCUUUAGUUCACAGCCAACUAAUGCAGUCUGGAUUUAUUGUCUGUACCAAAUAAAUGGCGUUUUUG